CCCCCAGAAUCUACUGUAGCCUGAUUCUGUUUGGAGCACAACACAUAAGAGAUGCAAACCUCUGCAUUUCCAGUGUGUCAGAGACCCACCAUGUCCUCAACACUUGCAGGACUGAAAUGAGACUAAAACUCGAUCCUGCUGCAGAGCUUAUCUGCCGUAUGUUUUAACAUCUCCUGUGAGCUAACAUUGGCAUUCUCCAUGAGAAGAGGCAACAUUGAAUAGUGGACAACAGUUUUGGCAUCUCUCCAAUUCAGCUCUCAGGGUUCCCUUGUGACUGCUUCAUAGGUAGCAGUUUUGGCUACUUGCUCAUGACACUAUCUCUCUGAUAACAGUGGAAACCCUACUGUCUGCCCAUUGGUUUCCAGUACUGGCACUCAAUUCUACUUAGUCUCACUUGAUUCCAGAGAAUACAAUGGAGAAGUACACAGACUCACCACCUACCUUGCAAGUAGAGCAUUCCUCCCUUCAGACAGAGAAUCUGAUUCUGCAGCCACAAAUACAGCAUCUGACUGAAGAGAAUCCUGAUCCGAGGGGCCAAGUCAUGCCUACCCUGGCCACCCCAAUGAUGUCUGUACCCUGCUCACUUGAACAUCUCUCUCAGUUUCACCACGACCCUGCUAAUCUCUCAAGAUUUCUUGCACAGUUGACAACUCUUAAGUUCCCCAAUCCUGCAGAUGAUGUCCAAGUCAAGUUCUUUUUUGACUACUUAUCUCAGCAGAUGGAAAGUUGUGGAAUCCUAUCUGGGCCUGACCAGAGCACUCUGCUGAAACAAUAUGAGAACUUUGUUCUUGAGUUCCAGCAAUCAUUUGGUGAGCCUACAAAACAGGAAAUAGACCUUCUGAACAAAAAGGACAAUUCCUCCUCUCAGCAGGAUGCUUCUACUUUCCAGCUCCUUGCUCAAAAUCUGAGCUGUAAUGAAACCAAUCUGAGUGAUAACUUCCAAGAAGGACUAGCUGACUCCAUCCAGGAUGAAGUGAGUGGCACAGAUAUGAUGGACAACCUUCCAGACCUGAUCACUCAGUGUAUUCAGUUGGACAAGAAACAUAGUGACAGGCCAGAGCUUCUUCAGUCAGAGACCCAGCUCCCAGUGUUGGCUUCCAUGAUCCACCACCAAGCCUUUUCCAGCCCCACAGAUCUGCCACCCAAGGAAGAACCUAUACAGUUGCGUGGAAGCCAGCCACCUCUCACCCCAGCCAAACGAGCCCUCCAGCAAGAAGCUCAGUUGUGCCUCUACUGCAGCCAGGCUGGUCACUUCACAAGAGAUUGCCUUGCCAAACGUUCUCGAGCCCCAGCAAGGAUAAAUAACCCAACUCACCAGUAAGAGAGGAGGUCACUUUGUAAACUUAUAUCCUUCUCACCUCCAGCCUUAAAGAUUUAUAUACUGAAUUAACAUUUAAAAUAAAGGUGAGGAACUAUGAUACCACUUCAUAGACAGUCAUGAACUCAUGUGCUUCUGGGAAUUUAAACAACCAGAUCUUGUUCAUUUGGUGACCUAUCACAAAAUCAAACCCAACCUGGCAAUGAUGAAAACAAUUCACAGGCACUUUCUGCAAUUGGAACCAAUUCCCCAAGAGUACUGAAAGACUGUAGGUGAAACUCUGGCCAAUCUGAGCCAAUGAAAACAACCCUGGAAGUGCACUGGGAACACCAUUCCCUCCAAUGGGUGAGAUCUGGGUUGAGUUUGUUGGCCUAAAUCUUCUGUGCCUAAGAUUAGGCCCAAGACUUUCACCCUCACCCUUAUUGGUCUAUAUUAUAGUUCCCUGUUGGUUUAGAACACUUGGUUGAAUUCCUAAUUGCAUUCCAUAUCCUAUCAACAUUUUUCUACUGGAGGCUGGAACCUGCUCUGCCUAUUGACUAGAGUCCAGCUUCAACACAAACCAAUCUUCAUGGAAACACAACUCUACUACUGUUCCAUACAGCUAUGUAUUUUGUUGCUAUUUAAAGACCUCUGCUUGCUCAAAAAAACCCAAAAAACAAAAACAAACAAAAAAAAACACCUGGAUCUCUUAGCUAUUGACAAACCAGAUGGCAUGGCCAUUUGAAGACUCUGAUUGGAAUUGUUGGUCCACUUCCUUGAGAACUAGCCCUUCAGGCACAUACAUGUUUUUAACCAAGCCCGACUAAUUCCAGGUUACUCUCCUCUUCCUACAACAACUUACUUUAGGUUAUAGCAUGUAUAAUGGCCAAGUCAAAAUGGUCUAGGAUAAUGACCUCUGAUAAAUAUUAAUGAAAGUUGGGGAAGGAGUCUUCAUCAUAAUUAUUAUGUCUACAGCAUAUACUCCUGCCUUACCUGGCAGGUAAGGGAACCUGGUUAAAUAAAUCUCUACUGAAGACUUAGGGUCAGGCUCUGUAGUAGUUUCUGACUCUAGAGGCCUCAGUGUGAUCACCAUUUAGGAUCACUACCAUUGAUGUUGAGCUCUAUACCAUUAUGGACCACCUGACCUCAUCUAGUUGAGAAUCUUGAAAAGCAAAUAAUGGCAGACAACUUUCUGAACCAUCCCAUCUGACAAAUCCUGGGACAUGGACAUCAACACCAUUGAUAAAUAAAUCUCAAGAAGAAGUGGGGUUUGAUUGCUUGUGUUGUGCUCUUGGCACACAGGCACACACAUCAGCUCUGGGUAUGGAUUCCUAAUGCUUCUGAAAAAAAGUAGUGCCAUGCUGGAGAGACACAAUUUUCUAAAAUGUUAAGGAUAUCCAGUGACAGUUGAUGCUUGCUAAUAAUAAUCAGUCCUCUGUUCCCUGCUUCUUGGUGCUGAUGUAUGUCCCCAUAACUGAUUUCCUGAAGAAAGAUCAGUAACUCCAUAUUCCCUAGCAGCCAUCAAGACCUCUCAGAACAUGAAGUGUCAUUGUACUUUGGCCUUGCUCCUAGAGAAUUAUGCUAACUUUGACAGUACUUAAACCCACCUAGGACCUUACCAUUUUCAUCCUGUAGCACUAACAAAUAGAUCGUUUUUCCCAUCAGUGCCUCACUAACCACUGUGCCAAUCUUUAUUUGCAUUCACAAGGGGUCUCCUUUAUCAACAGCUUGCUAUACAUCCACCUUACUCCAUAUGCUCUCAUAACAAGGAGACCUGAAUGCUCAUAUUCCAAUUGUGCCAAGAAAUUCCCACUGUGGUACUGGGAUUGUAUGAAAGCCUCUAACAAGUGGAUCUAUUUGAACUUUAAGUGUCUCUGGGAUUACCUGGAGGUAUCCUGAUCUAGCACCCCCAAUUCUGUAACAAAAGAGUAACCCAGUAGCCUCCAAACACUUUCCUUACUGACCCUAGUAUGGUCUUGGAAUGCUGAUGGGGGCAUUCAGUUGGCUUCAUCACCAAUCUUUCCUUACCUUAGGGACACAAUUUAUUGUAUGCUCUCUCACAAAGAUGCAUCACCUUAUUUCCUGUUUGGACCUUCUCUCUGCAACAACAUCACCUUCUUCUCCAAGAAAUCUUCAGAUUUCAUAGCCUCUCAGAACAGAUAAUUAAUUCUGGGCUAUAAAACCUCCCAUUUCUAGAAGCUCCUUGUUGAGGAAUUCCCAGUCAAGGAAUUCUUGUGCUCUAUGUGAUACAAUCCAACAAUCAUACUGAGCAUAGGAAUAGGAUACUGGGAUAAUGCUUUACUGUCUACUAGCUAGCAACCAUUUUGUUUACCACUUAAAAAUUUUGUUAUAAUGACACCAUCCAUUUCAACUAGAAUGAACUCAUUAUUUAGCAUAAAGAGAGUUACACAGAUGUUUUUCUCAGAACUUACACCAAAGUGAACUUCUCUGAGAGUGAAGCUAAUUAAAGUCUACUGAGAACCAAUGAGAUGUAACCUACUUGAUCAUGUAGUCUGCAACUACAAAGACUUGGGGAGUCCCCAAGUCCAAACAAGAUUGUAGUUUUUGGGAGGCAGAUCUGCUACAUGAUUGAUGCCAUCCAGCAAGAUAAGAUCUAAUCAUUUUAUGAUAAGUCUGAAGAAGGAAUUGUUAACAAGAGAAUGUUCUUUACGGAGUCUAGAAAAGGGGGCAAUUAAAGAGGCAUAGGGAGUUGAUAAUCUCUAGACUCAGAGAGGGGAUGUUGACCAACAUGAUUUGGCAGGUCUAUAUACAGUGGGAUGGAAGCACCAGGCCAUCCCAAUUUGUGUUAUUCACCUAACUCCCCUUGCUGAGAUCCUAUGUGUUAAGAAGUAAUCUGAUUGUAAUUAUGUUCCCAUAUAAACUUUGUUAUGGGGAGAAAAUUUGCUAGUCAGCUGACAUGAGUAUU